GACGUUAACGCAAGUGAUACCGUUCAAGAUGGCAGCGCUGGCGUCCUUGAUGCUGAAGUCCCGAGCAGGUCUGUUGGCGCCUGGUCAGUCCUUUAUACUGGACUCUGUCAGGUUUGCAUCAAAGAAGUCUGGUACCAGCUGCAAGAACGUUGGAGGACACAGCCCUGGUCGGAGAUACGGCUUCAAGAAACAGGAUGGAAACUUUGUCCAUGCUGGUAAUAUCCUUGCAACGCAGAGAAAGAUGAGGUAUCACCCAGGAGCACAUGUGGGGAUGGGAACCAACAAGACUCUCUUUGCUAUGGAGGACGGCUACGUCAGGUUCACCAAGGAGGUCUUUAUCCCUGUACCACGCAGCCGGCUGUCCUCACGGAUCAUCCCUAAACUGCCAAAAGGAGCUGUGCUCUACAAGACCUUUGUCAAUGUCCUGCCACUUAAACAGGAGGGAAAGUUUAAACUGGUAGACAUGGUCUAAAACUGACUAGACCGGACUGGAAUGUUAUUCUUUUUUGUGUAUUCCUUUGGCAGUCACAAUCAAUAAGGAUUUAUUUUGGUGGACUGGCAUCACAUGCACCCUGGAGGAUUUUGGCAGCUUGGGCUUCUAUAUUUGACUGAUAUUAGAUGGUUUGAUUAAUCUUAGGCAGAGACGGGCAGUGAAACCAGCUGUAACACUGAAUAAAAACAGUGCCGACUCAGUCCUUGGCUGCCUAUGAAACACUUACAGUAUCUAACAGAAUUUCAGGUCUCACACAUGAAUCUACAGUUGAUUUGGGCAAAACUUAAGUUCAUAAAAUGUAUAAUUGGAGAAAAAACAUGCAUCAUAUCAACAGUGGUGAUUCCUGUAUUUAGUAAUAUGUUAAUGUGUUGGAUGAUGUUCACCCAGGACAUACCACCUGUACUGGACAAUAAAAGUUUUAUAUGAGUAA